GUCAAACAAUAAUAAGAAAAAUAAGUGGAAAACAGAUGGAAAAACAUGGAAAACCUCAGGAAAAGCAACAAGGUGACAGUGUGUCAAUGUACGAACUAGCAUUCUAAUGUGAGUUAUUUGAUAAAGAUUUAAAGAAAAGCUAAUACUCCAUCAUGUUAAGUAAACCGCCAUCGAAAUGUUAUUUCUGAGUAUCAUAUUCACCUUACUGUCAUACCUAACCUUAACUUUAAGUGAAGCAAAUAACAGUAACUCUUUAUUCAAUCCUCGAGGCCCCCUUGUGAAGUGUUCUUUUUUACCAUGGGAGUUUGUAGAUUGCAAAGAUCCAGUUGAUCAUAAAGGCAACAAAACAGCCAAGGAGGAGCUUGGCUUUGGAUGUGUAAAAUUUGGAGGAAUGCGAUGGGAAGAUGUUGAAAGAACAAGAGUAGUGUGUGUUGUAUUAGAUAAAAUAGAGUGCUACGGAAAUCGAACGUUUUUUAAAGAAAAUGUGCCUUGUGUCAAAUACUCGAACCAGUUCUUCACUACCACAUUGUUAUACAGCAUCUUGUUGGGUUUUUUGGGAAUGGAUAGGUUUUGUUUGGGACAAACAGGUACAGCUGUAGGUAAAUUAUUAACCCUUGGAGGUGUAGGUAUUUGGUGGAUAGUUGACAUAGUGUUACUCAUAACAAACAAUUUAACACCUGAAGAUGGUAGUAAUUGGAAUAUCAACGUUUAAACAACAGAAACAUCUACACUAUUGCUGCUUCCACAAAGUGAAAAAGCUUAAUGUUUUGCAUUUUCUUCGUAGUUAAUAUUGUUAAAAGAAGUAAGAAAUGCUGUAAUUUUAUAAAGGAUUACUUGAAUAUUAAAAUAAGUUAGACAUAACUUGGAAGCACUGUUAAAAAUUAAGUAUCCAUUUGAUAACAACAUUAAGAAGAAAAAGAAGUAAUAAAACUGCAAUAUUCCCAUUCUAGUGGUAAUUGUAAAGCAUCCAUCAUUUUAGAGAUAUAAUAUGAUUAGAAACUGGUUGAAAUUGCAAAUACUGAUUCAAUCAAAUAUAGAUCCUCCUUUUUGUAUUUAUAAAUUUUAGUGUUAACAAUAUGAGAUUCUACAAAACUUAUAUCAUAAGAAAAUACAAUCAAGUUUUGUAGUUUAUAUCAGUAUGUACAAGGGCCAUUGUGAAGUAAAGAUACAUGGAAUUUGCUCCAGAUUAAAUUGAGUAUCAUAUUUUUUAUAACAUACUGCUGUAAUAAAAACUUAAGUUUUCAAAAACAAAUACUUUUCUAUGUGACUUAUUUUUAUGAGUAACAUAUGAAGUAGGUAUAGUGCUUAAAAGCAAAUAGCAAAACGUAAAAAAAAAUCAUUUUCAAAUAAAAUCAAGCCUCUGGAGCAAAUUCACCAUACUUACCAAUGUUUUUUAUUUAUGAAGUUCUGUGUGCUUUCGAGUUAUAUUUAAAUUAAAAUGAAAACGUGCCUUAGUUUUCCUGAGAAAUUAUCACUCCAAUACAUUCACUUUUUUUGUAUAUUAUCUGUUUUAUAUAUGUAUAUGUAGUUAUGAAUUAUGAAAUUAUUAUUUAUCUGCUAGCAGUUUUCAUUGACACAGUUUGCAUAUAAGAAUAAAUACGGUUUCAAUAUUUUUAUUAUUAACUGCAAAUGUUCUUUUGUGAUAAGCCAAAUGUAAUAUGUAAAUAAAGUUGUUUCUUUUUUAAGAGA